GCGAAGUGCGCGAGCGCAGUGCGAUAGGCGACCGGCGAGUAGCGGCCGUCCGGCGCCCGCGCAUCUCGCUCAUUUGCUAAAGAGAUCAUCUCGCACGCGGUACUAAGUGCCCACGUAAACACCACAACCUCCGCAUCGCCGUCGGUUCAAGGUUUUCGCGGGACGUGGCGGCAAGGUGCUAACAAAAAGGCCCUCCGACGUCACGUACACGAGCCGACUUCUAUUUUUUUAUCGAAACUAUAAUAUUUCCACUUCACCUUCGGCGAAAUAUCUUAUCGAGCCGUCGAAGGUGGGCGACGUAGAGAGAUCGAAUUAUUUCCACGAAUUUUAAUGCCAUGCGGCCGAUUAGUGCUAGUAGUGAAGGUGGUAUGUUAUGAAGCUGCAAUAUGAAGAACCGCAGUCGGGGGGAAACGAUCGGCAGCGCGACGAAGCGCGACAGGAUCGCCGCGAAGACGAAGAUAAAGCAGGACGCCCGCGGCGGGAAGACCUCGCCCGUACUGAACCGGCAGAAGAGGUCCGGCCUGGAGGCGGUGAAGCUGCACCUGGAGGCCACCGGCGGCACCGGCCGCACCUCGCGCUCUGCGACCGCAGUUCGAAAGACAAGCGUCAGAAUGGCGGCCAUAAAGGAAUACCCGUUUGAUCUCAGCGACUUAAAGAACCAGAACGAAACCAACGGCACCCCGACCGACCCGACGAGCCCGGCGAAGCCCGAGAAGCCGCCAGUGGAGCCCGAGCAGCCACCAGCGGAGCCCCCGGCCUACACCGCAGCGCCACCCAGGGUGCCCACUCCGGACGGCAAGAGAAAAGUCUCCAUCAUGGCCAGCGAAGGAAGCAAGGACCGGGAAAAUCUGCCUUCAGAAAGGAAUGGCCGCGUGUCCAGUCAGGCCGAGGGGCCCUCGCGCCGAAAAAGCAAUCUUCACAAUGCCAUGGCGUCCGAAAUGGAUUCCUCAUGGGAUCGUCCCGCUCAUAUAGAAGGUAGAUAUAAGAAGUAUUCAACAACAUCUUCAGUAUAUUCUAAGAAAGCUCCAUCACAGCACAGCGAACACAUCGAGAGAUCUUGGUGGUACGCCUGCUGCGCGAAGUGCCACACCGAAGACAGCGGAAUACCGUCAUGGGAGCCGCCGCACUGGCAGAAGAUCUGCCCCUACCCGCUCUGUCCUUCCUACAGGCACUUCGCUCAAAACCUAUCAGUAUUAUUAAUUGGUUUAAUGGUGUGGGUGAUAGUGUGGAUAGUGUUAGGUGACACGGCGGCGCCGGGCGGUCAGCUGUUCAUGUUGACCGUCCUCACCAUCGCCGCUUACUUCGGCGGCUGGCUCAUGGUGAAGAUCACCACGCUGCCGGCACUCAUCGGCAUGUUGGCUGUGGGAAUACUGAUGAAGAACAUUGGCUUCGUCAACUUCGAUGCGUCCUAUCAACAUGUCACGUCCUACAUCAGGAAAAUAGCUUUAACAAUAAUUCUAACACGCGCCGGCUUGGACUUGGAUCCGCUGGCGAUGAAGAAAAUAUUCUUCACUGUCAUCAAACUGGCGCUCGUGCCCUGGACCUUCGAGUGCGUCCUCUGCGCCGUCUUAAGUGUCUACCUGCUCGGACUACCGUGGGACUGGGCUUUCCUGCUGAGUUCGAUCAUAGCCGCGGUGUCUCCAGCUGUCGUGGUGCCGUGCCUGUUCCGACUCCGGGAGAAGGGGUACGGGGUGUCGAAGGGGAUCCCCACCCUCGUGCUGGCGGUGUCGGGCAUCGACGACGCCGCUAGUGUCGCCAUCUUCGGCAUCGUCUCCUCGAUCAUGUUCUCCACUUCGUCCAUGACAAUGAAUAUCAUACAGGGACCUCUGAGCGUGGCGGGCGGCGUGGCGUUCGGCUACUUCUGCGGCUACCUGACGACGUACGUGCCGGAGCGGAACGACGCGUUUCUCGUGCCGCUGCGAGUGCUGCUGCUGCUCACCGGCGGACUCAUGUCCGUGCUGGGUUCGGAGGAGAUUGGCUGGGGUGGCGGUGGUCCCCUCGCUGUAAUCGCGUUUGCCUUCUUCGCGUGCAAGAACUGGUCCGAGCAAGGCUGGGAGAUAGAAGACAACCCUGUGGCCACUGCCUUCGAAAUAUUCUGGAUGUUCUUCGAGCCUAUGCUUUUUGGAGUUACCGGAGCACAAAUAGUCAUUUCUGAGUUGCCAACUCAUUUAGUCCUGGUCGGCGGUGGUAUAUUAAUUGUAUGCAUGGUCCUCCGAGCCAUAGUCACCAGCUGCGUCGCGGUCCGCAGUAACCUCAAUAUGAAAGAGAAAAUAUUCGUGGGCUUCUCGUGGAUGGCCAAAGCAACCGUACAGGCUGCCCUAGCACCGGUAGCGUUGGACGAGGUGAAGAAGAUGGCGGGAGGUAGCGAGCCCGUCGCGCAGCUGGUGGAGUACGCGGAGACAGUCAUCACCGUGUGCAUCAUGUCCAUCGUCAUCACCGCGCCGCUCGGUGCCAUCAUCAUCACCCUCACCGGACCCAAGCUGCUCUCCAAGACCACUAAGCCUCCUGUGCUUGAAGGCUGGCGACGCUCCCACCGGCCGUCCAUCCGCGACAUCUCCAUCAUCAAUGAGGAGGAGCCGGCGGAGCGGGACGCGGAGGGGGAGGACCCCGCGCUCUCCCCGCCCUCCUCCCCCGCGCCCUCCGCCGCCCCGCAACACAGCACCCCCAACCCCAUCACCGUGCAGCCUAACCAGCGCUCCUGAACGCGCCCUUAGUAAUAAUACGAAAAACGUGCCUUUAUCGUUCUAGAAGGCUCCAAUGGUCAACGUUAGUAAUAACGAUCAUUGGUCGUGCCUUUACUACCCUUGGUCCAAGAAAGUGCCUUAUGUUGCUGAAGAUCCAAUGGUCUAUUUUUGCUACAAGAGGCUCAGCGGUUUGGUGAGCUAAAAUCAAUUUGUUAAAAAUGAUAGAAGGUAAUUUUGGUGCUUCAAGCAGGGAAUGUAUCUAGUAGUAAGUAAUAUCCCAGUUUUUUUUUUUCAUAGCGAAUUGUAUGCAAUCACAAUAAUAUUAUGUAUUGAUUUAAUUUGAAUUGCUGUUAACUACGUAUGUGAUGAAAAGCAAAAAUUUAGGAUAAGUAAUAGGUGAAAAAGAAAUAUAUUUAAUAAGAAUAAUUAAAAGUGUGAGAAAACAGCUGUUAAUAAUAUAGAGUUGUACAUCUACUUAAGAGUAAACUAAAAACUUAGCUACUUUUAAUUUAGAUUAAGUGUAUUUAUUAUAAUAUAGGUAUAAUUGUAAUGCUCAAAAUAAAAGAAAAAAUGUUUUAAACAACACUCCUCACAGUAUGGGAGCUUAAACUUGUGGGCUGUCGUCACAAGUAUGUAUGUGAUAAUAUUAUGUAUAGACUAUAGGUACUUAAUGUAGUUGCUUUAGAUAAAAACCUCGCUUUAAAUAUACAUCCGUGUCGCCUUCUACGUGCCUUUUGCAGGAAUUUAAUUUAAGAUUAAACAAACUUUAAGAAUAUUUUAUAACAAGUAUUUGAAUAAUCUUUCUGCAGCAAAAUGAUAUUAAAGAGAAUUUCUGCAAAUUGUAUAUUAGCAAUUUCAAAUUUAUUAAUUAGUAAGAUAACGUUACCACGCCUAUUUAUUUUAGGUAUGUAUAAGUGUUUGUAUAAUAAGUAUUUGUAAGAGGAAUGGUGGUAACUGAAUCAGUAUUGUAGGUAAUGUAUUAAAUAUUGAAGAAGUAUUAUAAAUAAAAUUAGGUUCUGCAAUAUACAUAAAAAUGUAGAAUAUAGAAUAUCCUUAUUCUUACAUUAUUAAAAACCAAUUGUUAAUAUUUUCAUAUCGUGCUAUUUUAGUAUAAAAAAUUAAAAACAUGUUGUUUGCAGUGCUUAAUGACGUUUUUUGUGAGAAUCAUUCCAUUUUAUUAUGUUAAGGAUCAAAUCAAGAUUUUCUUUUUUAAUCUAUAAUGUAUUUUGCUCCCGAGCAGUGCCAGAUUGUUUAUAAGUGCACGAAAUCUGCUGCUCACCUGCCGCCUGCCUGCUGCCGCCCCUAGGCCGCGGCCUAUAAGGCCUAUUUAUAAACCCAGGACUGCUUACGAGCAUUUAUAUGAUUGCUUUAGGUAAAAUUUUAAAACAUUGAAUUAGAAAAAUAUUUUGAAGAGUUUUCGAAAUUAGUAUUUAAUCUACUUAAUCA